GAACCUCCGUCACUCAGGUUCAGGUAUAAAAGAGAGGGCCAGAGACAGAGACACACACACACUCUCUCAGACACACACACACAGACGGGCAACAGUGCUGAAGUGGAAGAGAAAAGUGAUCGACUGGUCGGAGGAGAGAGAGACAGAGAAGAGAAUACUUUUGAAACAGCGUGACGAUGCUGUGUCCUGCGUGGUUAUUGGCUGUGGCUGUGGUGGGUGUGGUCAGCGGGGUUAAAGGUCAAUGCUGGGAGAAUCCUCGCUGUCAAGACCUGAACUCUGAGAACAGCAUCCUGGAGUGCAUCCAGCUCUGUCGUUCUGACCUCACCGCCGAAUCUCCCAUCUUCCCUGGCGAGGUCCAUCUCCAACCCAACUCCCCCUCUGACUUUCCUCCCCCCUCCUUACCUCUGUCCCCUCCCUCUCCCCUGUCCCCCUUGGAGCAGCAGAACAUCGUGUCCCCCCAGGCCAAGCGUUCCUACUCCAUGGAACACUUCCGCUGGGGCAAGCCUGUGGGAAAGAAGCGCCGCCCGGUGAAGGUUUACACCAACGGUGUGGAGGAGGAGUCCUCCGAGGGCUUCCCCAGCGAGAUGAGACGAGAGCUGGGCACCAACGAGGCCAUGUACCCCUCCCUGGAGGCUGGGGCUGUGGAAGGGGGAGAGGGCCUGGGAGGCGAGGCGGAUGGCCUGGGUGGGGUGUUUAGUCUUCAGGAGAAGAAAGACGGCUCGUACAAGAUGAACCACUUCCGCUGGAGCGGACCGCCCGCCAGUAAGCGCUAUGGAGGGUUCAUGAAGAGCUGGGACGAACGCAGCCAGAAACCAUUGCUCACUCUGUUUAAAAAUGUAAUCAUCAAAGACGGACAGCAGAAGAGAGAGCAGUGAGGGGGGGAGAGAGGGGAAGGGAGGAUAGGUGAGCUGAAGAGGGGGGAGGGAGAGAGGGGAAGGGAGGAUAGGUGAGCUGAAGAGGAAUACCAUUAUCAGGCUGGAGGGAGAGAGGACAUGGGGGGUUGAGGGAGGGAGAGAGGACAUGGGGGGGUUGAGGGGAGAGAGAGAGGACAUGGGGGGGUUGAGGGAGAGAGAGAGGACAUGGGGGGGUUAAGGGAGAGAAAGAGGACAUGGAGGGUUGAGGGAGGGAGACAGGUCAUGGGGGGUUGAGGGAGAGAGAGAGAGGACAUGGGGGGGUCGAGGGAGAGAGAGAAAGUCCUGUUUCUCCCCAUCCAGCUCCGUAGGACGUACAUCCAGUAAGCUCUCACUUGAUUCGCAAUUCGGAGACAAACAAGCUUUGUGAUUGUCCUCUGACCCAGCAUGAUGUUAGCUGCCAAUGUAAUAAUGUCUCUAAUAAAUCUUAACUCUGUAUAGAA